AUGCAGGAGGCCAUGUGGACCAUGGAGCAGAAGAUGCAGGGCACCGAGGACACGGUGCGCGCCAUCGCCUCCAGCCUCAAGGCCGAGGGGCAGAUCGUGCAGAAGCUCGAGGAGAGAAUGGAGGUGGUAGAACGGCGGCUGGACUCGUGCACGGAGCGAGAAACGGCGUCGUACUGCACCUCGUCCGCGUCGGCCAGCGGCGGCGGGGGCGGCGGCGUGGGAGGCGGCGGCGGCGGUGUGGGCGGCGGCUCCGCGCCCGCGUCCGCCUCCAGCGCCACCUCCUCCUCGUCGUCGUCUUCG